CAAACGCAUCUAUCAUUAUAUCUACUGUCAUAAAAUUUGACAAGUUGGGGUUAAUGUUACAUAAGGAAUUGGCAACUGGAUUCUUGGUGAAAAUAAGAAAAUGAAUAAUUGCUUGAAAUUAUUGUCUCUCACGAAUAGGGGUCUUCAAGUAAAUCGCCCUUGUUUGAUCGCCAGCAAACGCUUCAAAAGCACAAAUGAAAAUGCAUACAUAAACGUCAGUAAAGAUGAUCCCAGUAUGGAUCUCAAAGAUAUGAAUGAUAGAGCUGCUCAGACUAUAUUCAUCACUGAACUAUUAAGGGGAUUGGCAGUAACAUUGGCCCAUAUAUUCAAAGAGCCUGCCACUAUUAAUUAUCCAUUUGAGAAAGGACCUUUGAGUCCAAGGUUUAGAGGAGAGCAUGCUUUGAGAAGAUAUCCAUCUGGAGAGGAAAGAUGUAUUGCCUGCAAGCUAUGUGAGGCUAUUUGCCCAGCACAGGCAAUUACUAUUGAAGCAGAAGAAAGAGCUGAUGGUUCCAGAAGAACAACACGUUAUGAUAUCGAUAUGACAAAAUGUAUUUACUGUGGAUUCUGUCAAGAAGCAUGUCCAGUAGAUGCUAUAGUUGAAGGUCCUAACUUUGAAUAUUCAACAGAAUCACAUGAAGAAUUGCUGUAUAAUAAAGAAAAAUUACUCAAUAAUGGUGAUAAAUGGGAGUCAGAGAUAGCAGCAAACAUAUAUUCUGAUCAUCUAUAUAGAUAAAAUAAAAACCAACUAUUAGUAUCCCUUAUAUGAUUCUUCUGUAAGCAAAUGUUCACUUGUUGCACUCAAAUGUUCUAGACAAUUUGAAAUACAAAAGGAUUAUUAUAAUGCAUGUGACCUAAAUAUAUGUACUUCACGAAA